AUGGAGGACACCGUGAGUGCACAGCGCCAGGUGCUCUUUCCGAAUGCUCAGAAAUUGGAAGAGGACCUCCAGAAAAGUGCGACGGUGCCGCCCGAGCAAUGGUCACCGAGGCGUGUGCCUUACAAGACUUACGAGAAGGAUGCGGCGCCUGACGACGAUAGCGACGAGGAGGAGGAGGGGAUGACCCUCGCCGCAGAGGCAGAGGUCGAGGGAUUGGAAGUCGGAAUGGAGGAGGUGGGUUUCCGCUACAACGGCCCCGAGCCAACCACCUUCGGGGAUUGGGCGCAUAAAGGACGUGUCACAGACUUCUGA